CCGGGGACGCCGGCUCGGCAGCCGCGGCCUGCGAGCGGCGAUGGAUCCCGGGAAGAGAAGAACGAAGGAUGAUACUUGGAAAGCAGAUGAUCUCAGAAAACACCUUUGGGCCGCACAAUCAGGUAAUCCCAAGGAAGAUAAGAAACACAGAGAAAAGAAGCCGCAGAAGGAGUUGGAAAUGGACUUCCCUGAAUACAAAGAGCAAAAGCACAGGGACCCAGACCGAGACACCAAGCACAGAGAGAGGCCUGCCGAGAGAGACGGUCAUGCUUCCAGGGAGAACCCUCGUGGGGACAGAGACAGAGAAAAGCCAAAGGAAAGGAAAAAGGACUCCAGAGACCGGGACAGAGAGAGGCACAAAGAGAAAUACCGAGAGCAGGACGCAGAGAAGUCUCAGAGUCGAGGAAAAGACAGGGACAAGGACAGAGAGCGCAGAGCGAGGAGGGAGGAGCUGAGGCAGACGGCCCAUCACAACCUGCUGGGCCAGCAGCUUCCCGAGCGAGCGGAUCACAGGGCGCGGGCAGGCAGCAAAGCGAGAGCUGAAGACAAGGAGAAGAGAGACGAAGACUCUGAACGGGGGGAUGAAGAGAGGGAGCGGCGGUACCGAGAAAGAAAGCUGCAGUACGGCGACAGUAAAGACAAUCCUCUUCAGUACUGGCUUUACAAAGAAGGAGGUGAGCGGAGACACAGGAGGCAGAGAGAACCAGAUCGAGAACGGAAACAUGGAGAAAAAAGCAGCACGAGGGAAAAAAGGGACAAGUACUCAAAAGAAAAAAGUAAUUUGUUCACUGACAAGGAAGGGGAAGAAAGACACAGAGAGAGGCGGCACAGGGAAGGCUCUCACGUCGAUGAAGAGCGGCACCACAGCACCACGGGGAGAAGAGAGAGGUCGUCAGGAGAGGAGCCGAGGAAAAGAGAGUCCAAGAACAGUGAGCACAGAAAUCGGGGUGCAAGUUCAAGAAGAGAUCCGAGCGGCAGCCAGGAAGGAUCAUGCGCUCUCUGGUAUGCAGAGAGUUUAGUAAGAGAGAAUGGAAAAGAUAAAGACUCAAGAAAGAAGGAAAUUGAAAAGGAAGACACUGAUCUGGAAAAUGCUGGAGCUGAUGAAUAUACAGCUUGUGUUGAAGAUGAUUUUGAAGACUACGAAGAUGACUUUGAGGUUUGUGAUGGAGAGGACGAUAGCUCCAAUGAACCGGAACCAAAAGAGAACAUCGAAGAGCUUCCUCUGGCUAGAAAAAAGGAGAUACAAGAAGUUCAGAAAGCCAUUAAUGCAGAGAACGAGAGGAUUGGCGAGCUAUCCUGCAAACUGUCCCAGAAGCAAGGUCUGAUGGAGGGUGACAGGGAGGCAGACACAGAUGCAAACAGUUCCCCUUCCAGAGCCCCUGUUUGUGGAAUUUUCAUGGAUUUUGCAACAGCCUCACGCCGUCAGAAGAGCCGGACUCAGGCCCUUAAGCAAAAGACACGCAGUACAAAACUGCUCCGGCUCAUUGACCUGGAUUUUUCAUUCACUUUCUCUCUCUUGGAUCUACCACCAGUAAAUGAAUAUGACAUGUAUAUCAGAAGCUUCGGGAGGAAAAAUACCAAGCAGGCAUAUGUUCAGUGCAAUGAAGAUAAUGUUGACAGAGAGAUCCAGACGGAAGAGAUAGAGACCAGGGGAGUGUGGACCCAGCACCCAGGAGAGGGCACAGCCGUGUCGGGCGGGAGCGGGAGUGAAGACCUCUGUGACACUGCCGCCCCGAAGGUGGACGCGCCCAGGCUGUCCCGCUUCCUCCGGGCCGCUUGCCAGGUGAUUGCGGUUUUGCUUGAAGAGGACCGUGUGGCAGUCGAGCCCAGCUGGGACCCUGCAGCACAGGACAGCACCCUGUGUAUCAGUGACAAUGCCUCCCAGCUGAACACCAGCCUGCCGUUCCUCCAGGAUCGAAAAGUGUCCUGCUUAUGUGCCUCUCAGGUGCAGAGGCAGAUGGUGGUGUCCGUCCACGGGCCGCCGGGAGCAGCAUUCGCCCCCGCACUGGACGGCAGGCACGUGCUGUGCGUGUGGGAUAUCUGGCAGCCUUCGGGGCCGCAGAAGGUCCUCAUAUGUGAGUCGAAGGUCACGUGUUGCUGCUUUAGCCCUUUUAAAGCCUUUUUACUGUUUGCUGGAACAGUGCACGGCUCAGUCCUCGUGUGGGACCUGCGAGAAGACUCCAGGAUACAUCACUAUGUGAAGCUGGGUGACUGCUUCUGGACAUUCAGGACAGCAACGUUUUCUACUGACGGCCUCCUGACCUCAGUAAACCACCGCAGCCCUGUUCAAGCCGUAGAGCCCAUCUCCACAUCUGUCUACAAAAAACAGAGUUUUGUGCUUUCCCCCUUUUCUACUCAAGAAGAAAUGUCGGGUUUGUCAUUCCACAUUGCUUCCCUGGAUGAGAGUGGGGUUCUCAACGUGUGGGUGGUGGUUGAGUUACCGAAGGCAGAUGUCGCAGGCUCAGUAAGUGACUUAGGUUUAAUACCUGGAGGGAGGAUAAAAUUGGUGCACAGUGCCACUAUUCAGCUGAGUGACAGCCUUUCCCGUAAAGACUGUGAAUUCUGGGGGGCCACGCAAACCCUCAAUGUGAAGUUUCUGCCUUCAGAUCCUGGUCACUUCAUUGUUGGCACAGACGUGGGUCUUAUAAGUCAUGGCACCAGACAGGAUUUGAGAGUAUCUCCCAGACUGUACAAACCCCAGCAACGUGGCAUGAGACCAGUCAGAGUAAAUGCGAUCGAUUUUUCACCAUUUGGAGAACCAAUAUUCUUGGCCGGCUGUUCAGACGGAAGCAUCAGGCUGCACCAGCUGACCAGCGAGCGCCCCCUCCUGCAGUGGGACGGUGGCACCGGCGGCCACGCCGUCACAGGCCUGCGCUGGUCCUUGACCAGACCUGCCGUGUUUCUGGCCCAGGAUGACACUUCCUGCAUUUAUGUUUGGGACCUCCUGGAAAGCGAUCUGGGUCCUGUGGCCAAACAGCUCGUCUCCCCGGACAAGCUGGUGGCCAUGACGGUCGUGGGUGAAGCAGAGAAGGCCAGUGGUGGAUUCCUGGCCCUCGUGCUGGCCAGGGCCUCCGGCAGCGUGGAUGUGCAGUUCCUGAAGAGGGCGUGGGCGGCCCCCACGGCAGAUGAACUGAGGAGGCUGCAGCUGCUCUUGCAGGGAGCCCAGUAGGAGGGGGCGGUGAGAUCGUGUGUGCGGGGAGCCCAGUAGGAGGGGGCGGUGAGAUCAUGGGUGCGGGGAGCCCAGUAGGAGGGGGCGGUGAGAUCGUGUGUGCGGGGAGCCCAGUAGGAGGGGGCGGUGAGAUCGUGGGUGCGGGGAGCCCAGUAGGAGGGGGCGGUGAGAUCGUGUGUGCGGGGAGCCCAGUAGGAGGGGGCGGUGACAUCACGGCCAGCUGGUGACCAACCGUGAAGAGUGCAUUUCCAUCCGCCAGCAUAUGCACCGAUGUGGAUACAGGACGUGUAUUAUGUAUGUAACUUACUUUACGAGAACGUCACCUCAGUGUUCCCGGUAAAUAAAUCGCUAUUUUUGAAUGGAAACAACAAA